AUGGCGCGCGUCUACGCCGAUGUCAACGAGCACAUGCCUCGGUCCUACUGGGACUACGACAGUGUGAACAUUUCCUGGGGCGUGUUGGAGAACUACGAAAUCGUUCGCAAGAUCGGUCGAGGAAAGUACUCUGAGGUGUUCGAGGGUAUCAACGUUGUGAAUUACCAGAAAUGCGUUAUCAAGGUCCUCAAGCCCGUGAAGAAGAAGAAGAUCAAGCGAGAGAUCAAGAUCCUCCAGAACCUUGCUGGCGGUCCCAACGUUGUAGCUCUGCUGGACGUUGUUCGGGACAACCAGAGCAAGACUCCCAGUUUGGUCUUUGAAGCUGUCAACAACACCGAUUUCCGUACCUUGUACCCCCGCUUCACGGACUACGAUGUCCGCUUCUACAUCUACGAGCUCCUCAAGGCGCUGGACUUCUGUCACAGCAAGGGUAUCAUGCACCGAGAUGUGAAGCCCCACAACGUCAUGAUCGAUCAUGAGAAGCGCAAGCUGCGACUGAUCGAUUGGGGUCUUGCCGAGUUCUAUCACAAGGGCACUGAGUAUAACGUCCGAGUCGCAUCUCGUUACUUCAAGGGCCCCGAGCUGCUCGUCGACUUCCAGGAGUACGACUACUCCCUCGAUAUGUGGUCACUGGGUGCCAUGUUUGCUUCCAUGAUCUUCCGCAAGGAGCCCUUCUUCCACGGCAACAGCAACUCGGACCAACUGGUGAAGAUUGCCAAGGUCCUGGGAACUGAGGAGCUCUUCGAAUACCUGGACAAGUACGACAUUGAGCUGGAUCCCCAAUACGACGAUAUCCUCUCCCGCUUCCCUCGUAAGCCGUGGCACUCCUUUGUCACAGCCGAGAACCAGCGCUUUGUCAGUGAUGAAGCCAUUGACUUCCUUGACAAGCUGCUUCGUUACGACCAUGCCGAACGCUUGACCGCUCAAGAGGCCAUGGCUCACGCCUACUUUGAUCCCGUCCGCGCCGAUUCUCUGAACAACGCAGCCGCCCAGUCCUGA